GGCAGGACUGAGUCAGGUAGAGGAGGCGAUAAAACCACCUGAUCGGGGAAAGGCAGGCGGAGCGGCGCGGCGCGGAGCAGAGCGCGAGGGCCGGCGGGGAGCGCGCCGCGGCGGGUAGGACGCGGGGGCCCGGCCAUGCCUGCGCUCUGGCUGCGCUGCGGCCUGUGCCUGGCGCUGCUGCUGCCUGCGGCCCGGGCCUCCUCCGGGAGCCAAGUCUGUGAUUGCAAUGGGAAGUCCAGGCAGUGUGUCUUCGAUCAGGAGCUUCACAGACAAACAGGAAAUGGAUUCCGCUGUCUCAACUGCAAUGACAACACAGAUGGCCCUCGCUGUGAGCACUGCAAGGACGGGUUCUACCGACAGAGGGAGAGGGAUCGCUGCUUGCCCUGCAACUGUCACACCAAAGGUUCUCUUAGCGCCCGAUGUGACAACUCUGGACGGUGCAGCUGUAAGCCAGGGGUAACAGGAGACAGGUGCGACCGCUGCCUGCCAGGCUUCCACACGCUCACCGAUGCCGGCUGCACCCAAGACCAAAGGCUACUAGACCCCAAGUGUGACUGUGACCCAGCUGGCAUCUCGGGGCCCUGUGACGAGGGCCGCUGUGUCUGCAAGCCAGCUGUCACCGGCGAGCGCUGUGACAGGUGUCGACCAGGUUAUUAUCAUCUGGAUGGGGGAAACCCGGAGGGCUGUACCCAGUGUUUUUGCUAUGGGCAUUCAGCCAACUGCCACAGCUCUGGAGAUUACAGUGUCCAUAAAAUCACCUCUACUUUCCAUCAAGAUGUUGAUGGCUGGAAAGCUAUCCAAAGAAAUGGGUCUCCUGCAAAGCUCCAGUGGUCACAGCGCCAUCGGGACGUGUUCAGCUCAGCACGACGAUCAGACCCUGUCUAUUUUGUAGCUCCUGCCAAAUUUCUUGGGAAUCAACAGGUGAGCUAUGGGCAAACCCUGUCUUUUGACUACCGCGUGGACAGGGGAGGCAGACACCCAUCUGCCCACGAUGUGAUCCUGGAAGGUGCUGGGCUACGAGUCACAGCUCCCUUGAUGCCACGUGGCAAGACGCUACCUUGUGGGAUCACCAAGACGUACACAUUCAGAUUAAAUGAACGUCCAAGCAGUCAGUGGAGCCCUCAGCUAAGUUACUUCGAGUAUCGGAGGUUACUGCGGAACCUCACGGCCCUGCGGAUCCGAGCUACUUACGGAGAAUACAGCACUGGGUACCUUGACAACGUGACCCUGAUUUCAGCCCGCCCCGUCUCUGGAGCCCCCGCACCCUGGGUUGAACAAUGCGUAUGUCCCGUUGGCUACAAGGGACAGUUCUGUCAGGAUUGUGCUUCUGGCUACAAAAGAGAUUCUGCCCAACUGGGACCUUUUGGCACCUGUAUUCCGUGUAAUUGCCAGGGGGGAGGAGCCUGUGAUCCGGACACAGGAGACUGUUAUUCAGGGGAUGAAAAUCUUGACAUCGAGUGUGCCGACUGCCCCAUUGGUUUCUACAACGAUCCACACGACCCUCGCAGCUGCAAGCCGUGUCCCUGCCACAAUGGGUUCAGCUGCUCUGUUAUGCCGGAGACAGAAGAGGUGGUGUGCAAUAAUUGUCCCCACGGGGUCACCGGGGCCCGCUGUGAGCACUGUGCCGAUGGCUACUUUGGGGACCCCUUUGGAGAACGUGGCCCAGUGCGGCCUUGUCAGCCCUGUCAGUGCAACAACAACGUGGACCCCAGUGCCUCUGGGAACUGCGACCGGCUGACAGGCAGGUGUCUGAAGUGCAUCUACAACACAGCAGGCGUCCACUGUGACCAGUGCAAAGCAGGCUACUUUGGGGACCCCUUGGCUCCCAACCCAGCGGACAAGUGUCGAGCUUGCAACUGCAACCCAGCAGGGUCAGAGCCUGGGGAAUGUAGAAGUGAUGGCAGCUGUGUCUGCAAGCCAGGAUUUGGCGGCCUCAACUGUGAGCAUGCAGCACUAACCAGCUGUCCAGCUUGCUAUAAUCAAGUGAAGAUUCAGAUGGAUCAGUUUAUGCAGCAGCUCCAGAGCCUGGAGGCCCUGGUUUCCAGGGUGCAGGGUGGUGGUGGAGCGGUGCCGGACGCAGAGCUGGAAGGCAGGAUGCAACAGGCCGAGCAGGCCCUUCAGGAGCUUCUGAGAGAAGCCCAGAUUUCAGAAGGUGCUAGUAAAUCUCUCAGUCUCCAGUUGGUGAAGGCCAGAAGGGAAGAAGAGAGCUACCGGAACCGCCUGGAUGACCUCAAGAUGAUGGUGGAAAGAAUCCGGGCCCUGGGCAGUCAGUAUCAGAACCGAGUUCAGGAUACUCGAAGACUGGUCACACAGAUGCAGCUAAGCCUGGAGGAGAGCACGGCCUCCCUGAGAAACACCAACAUUCCUUCCUCAGAUCACUACGUGGGGCCAAAUGGUUUUAAAAGUCUGGCUCAGGAGGCCGUAAGAUUGGCAGACAGCCACGUGGCGUCCGCCAGUAACAUGGAGCGGCUGGUAAGGGAAACCGAGGACUAUUCCAAACAGGCGCUGGCGCUGGCGCACAAGGCCCUGCGGGAAGGCGGCGGCAGUGGCGGCGGCGGCGGCGGCGGCUCGGACGGCUCAGCGGCGCAAGGGCUGAUGGGAAGGUUGGCGAAGGCCAGGUCGCUGGCCCAGCAGCUGUCGGGGGAGGCGGCGCAAGCCGACGCAGAGGCAGACAGGUCCUACCAGCGAGGCCUUCGCCUUCUCGAUGCCGCGUCUCAGCUGCAGCAAGUCAGCGGCCGGGCUUUUCAGGUGGAAAUGAAGAGGAUUAGACAAAACAUUGAUUCUCUCUCAAGCCUUGUGACCAGGCGCAUGGAUGAGUUCAAGCAUGUGCAAAGCAACCUGGGAAACUGGGAAGAAGAAACCCAGCAGCUCUUACGGAAUGGAAAGAGUGGAAGACAGAAAGCAGAUCAGCUGCUUUCCCGUGCCAACCUUGCUAAAAGCAGAGCCCAAGAAGCACUAAGUAUGGGCAAUGCCACUUUUUAUGAAGUUGAGAACAUCCUAAAGAACCUCAGAGAGUUUGACUUGCAGGUUGAAGACAGAAAAGCAGAAGCAGAAGAGGCCAUGAAAAGACUCCCUUACAUCAGCCAGAAGGUCGCAGAUGCCAGUGACAAGACCAGGCAAGCAGAAACAGCCCUGGGCGGUGCUGCUGCCGACGCCCAGAGGGCAAAGACCGCAGCCAGGGAGGCCCUGGAGAUCACCGACAAGAUAGAACAGGAGAUAGGGAGUCUGAACUUGGAAGCCAAUGUGACAGCAGAUGGAGCCUUGGCCAUGGAGAAGGGACUGGCUACUCUGAAGAGCGACAUGAGGGAAGUGGAAGGAGAACUGGCAAGGAAGGAGCAAGAGUUUGACCUGGAUAUGGAUGCAGUGCAGAUGGUAAUUACAGAAGCCCAAAGAGUUGAUAACAGAGCCAAGAAUGCUGGAGCUACAAUCCAAGACACACUCAACACAUUGGACAGCAUCCUACACCUAAUAAAUCAGCCUGGCAGUGUGGAUGAAGAGAAGCUGAUCUUAUUGGAGCAGAACCUCUUCCGGGCCAAGACUCAGAUCAACAGCCAGCUGAGGCCCUUGAUGUCAGAGCUGGAAGAGAGAGCACGCCGACAGCAGGGCCACCUCCAUUUGCUAGAGACGAGCAUAGAUGGAGUUCUGGCUGAUGUGAAGAACCUGGAGAACAUUAGGGACAACCUGCCCCCAGGCUGCUAUAAUACCCAGGCUCUUGAGCAACAGUGAAUCUGCUAUCGAGAUUUUUCUACUGAGGUUCUUGGGAUACAGAACUCAGGAGCCAUCUCAUGUGGUUGGAGUGGGAUGGAGACAUUUGAACAUGUUGAAUGGGCAUGCUCAGGUCCACCAAACCUGAUCCCAUCCCUGAGAUCUUGGCCAGAUAGAUGUUUCAUUACACCAGUGUAAUACUACUUGUUUCCUGAUGCUGGGCAGUGAGGCAAAUAGUGUUGGGUAUGAGACUGGCCAAUGCCCUGGAC